CCCCCGGCCACGAUCCCAUCAAGUGGGCUUUGGCUUUUCUACCACCCGCUGGCCGCCCCGACUCGCCUCUUUUCUCCCUCUCUUUUCCUUCUUCCUUCUCUUCUUCUUCUCUCCUUUCAAUCCCGAACUUCCUCAAGUCUCUUCCACCUCAAGAAACCAAAAGAGGCCACCGCGCCCCUCCUUUACAAGCGUUCUAUUCACUACCGCUUCACUCGUUCAGCGGGCAUUCCUUGAAAUUUGCAAUAUCUUUACCUUCUUAUUCACCAUGAGGGGUGCUAUUCUGGCCACCGCGGCCGCUCUUGCGGGUACCGCCAUGGCCGAUGUCGCGCACAUGCGUCGUCACGGCCACGAUUCUUUCCACCAGCGUCGUGCUCCUGUCGCCGAAGCUGAUGCUACCUGCGGUUGCACCACCGAGAUCGUCACUGUCUGGGGUCCCCCUACCCUGAUCCCCGUUGCGACUCCCAGUCCCAGCACCGUCACUUCCGAGGCUGUCACCACUUUGCACUCGACCAGCACCAGCACCGUGACUAUUGUUGCCACUCCCUCCGCUGCGGCGACCAGCUCGAGCCCUGCUACCCCUAUUGUCCCUCUGCCCACUCCCGCCAUCACCAACUUCCCCUCAACUGGUGUCUACACCAUUCCCGCCACCACUGUGACCGUCUUCGACACAACCACCGUGUGCGGAGCUACCACCACCGAGCUGCCCGCUGGUACUCACACCUACGGUGGUGUCACCACUGUGGUUGAGACCGCGACCACCGUCGUCUGCCCCUACGCCACCGUUGAGCCCUCUGGCACCACUGUGACCAGCGUGAUCAAGACCACCACCUACGUCUGCCCCACUCCUGGCACCUACACCAUUGCUCCCACCACCACCACCGUCCCUACCAGCACCGUCGUUGUCUACCCCACUCCCGCCAUCAUCACUCCUGGUACCUACACUCAGCCUGAGCAGACUGUGACCGUCACCCGUACCGACUACACCUAUGUCUGCCCCUUCACCGGCCAGAACGAGCCCACCUCUGCUCCUGCUGCCCCUAGCACUACUGCCGUUCCUGCCACCACCACCGCCGUGCCUUCCACCAGCGUUGCUGCCCCCUCCAGCUCCAGCACCGCUCCUGCUUCCACCGGUGCCGUCAGCGGCCAGAUGGGUAUGACCUACACUCCUUACACCAAGGGUGGUGAGUGCAAGGACAAGUCCUCCGUCCUCUCCGAGGUCGCCAACCUCAAGUCCAAGGGUUUCACCCACGUCCGUGUCUACUCGACCGACUGCAACAGCUUGGAGUACAUUGGUGAGGCCGCCCGGACUUCUGGUCUCCAGAUGAUCAUUGGUGUCUUCAUCAGCAGCACUGGUGUCUCCGGUGCUCAGGACCAGGUUACCGCUAUCUCCAAGUGGGCCCAGUGGGACCUCGUCAGCCUGGUCGUCGUCGGUAACGAGGCUAUCCAGAACGGCUACUGCGAUGCUUCCACUCUUGCUGGCUUCAUCUCCUCUGCCAAGUCCGCCUUCCAGUCGGCCGGCUACACUGGCAAGGUCACCACCACCGAGCCCAUCAACGUCUGGCAGUCCUACGGCUCCACCCUGUGCGGUGUUUGCGACAUCGUCGGUGCCAACAUCCACCCCUUCUUCAAUGCCGAGGUCUCCGCCGACCAGGCCGGCAAGUUCGUUGCUCAGGAGAUCAAGGUCCUUGAGGGCAUCUGCCCUGGCAAGGAUGUUCUCAACCUGGAGACCGGCUGGCCUCACUCUGGUAACGCUAACGGCAAGGCCGUCCCCGGUGCCUCCGAGCAGGCUAUCGCCAUCAAGUCCAUUGCCGAGGAAGUCGGCUCCAAGUCCGUCUUCUUCUCCUACUUUGAUGACCUCUGGAAGGAGCCCGGCCAGUUCGAUGUCGAGCGUUACUGGGGUUGCAUCGACACCUUCAACUAAGCGCGGGUUGAGCUUGCGUUCUGAGAGAAUCUAGGGAGGUUUGGAGUUAUUCUCAAUUUUCUGUCGGCCCAGGAUAUAUCCUUUCAUUUUUUUUGUGUGUUCAAACGACAGUUUCCACCUUAUACCAUUCUCAAUGUACCUCCAAGUUCCCCAUAGUAGAUAUAACUUUUUAUUUCAUGUCUAUCCCCUGAGCCAAUCGACUGUUUCUUUGUGUAUUGUUCUUGUAUAUGCAAUUCAUACUCAUUGUAACUGUUCUUUUUCCAACUUCGCAACUGUAGCCGCGAUUCAGCCAUAUCCAUGCGAAUGACUGUUUUAGAUCUAGCGAUCACUUCGAAGCGGGGAAAGAAUGCGACCUU